AUGUCUGUGGUACAUCGGUUGACAGCAGGGUGGCUUGUGGAUCAUCUCUCUUUCAUCAACCAGUGUGGCUACGAGGUCUGUGACUCCUUUGCAUACCCUGGUGGUGUCACUCUCGAUACUUCUCUUGGAGAUUGUCAUGCUACUUCUACCUUUGCUGCCACCUCCUCAUCAAGCGAUGGUCCUAUUCCUGGUCUUGGAGAUGCGGUAGAGACAGAAGGUAAAACAGCAAAGAAGAGAUAUGUGUUUCGGGAGGAGUUCUUUGACAUUUCAAAGCCCCAUAUACCUGCAGCUCCUGAGGAACAGCUAUGGCAGGGAUGCCCUGAAGUGAGUCUCACAGAAGUCAAGGCCAGCGGCAACAGAGGGGAACACUGUGAAGAAACCAAGAGUGGCAUUGGAGAGUCUGUUGCUGGUGCUAGGAAGAAACGUAAAAGGAAAUGUGUAUUCAACCAAGGUGAAGUAGAUGCUUUAGAAUACCAUUCAAAGGUCAGGAAGCUCAUUUGGGAAGGCAGUUUGCAUUUAGUCCAAGAAGGACUCAAAAGUGGUUUUCUUCACCGCACUACUGCAGAACUCAGUUGCAGGAAGAAUGUUGUUCCUGGACAUGUUGGCUGCGGAUUGGCUGAAUUAUGUGAAAUGGCAAAGCAAUUUCCAGCUGGGAGUGAAAGCGACCAUCAAGCUGUACAUGUGCUAGAUGAUGAAACCUCCAUUCCAGAGCAGGACCUGCUUUCGUGUGUUACAGAAAACAGCUCAAACUGUGCAAAGAUAGUUGUGUUAAUGGGGCAGAAGUACUUGGUGCCACCGAAAAGCAGUUUCCUUUUAUCUGAUAUUUCAUGUUUACAGUCCCUGCUGAACUACAAGAAAAAGUAUCAUGUAAUUGUGAUUGAUCCACCAUGGGAGAACAAGUCUGUUAAAAGAAGCAACAGAUACAACCACUUGUCUUCAUGGCAAAUCAAGCAGAUUCCUGUACCAGCACUUGCUGCUCCAAAUUGUCUUGUGGUCAUGUGGGUGACUAAUAGACAGAAACACUUACGUUUCGUUAAGGAUGAACUUUAUCCUCAUUGGUCUGUGAAGACACUUGCUGAGUGGCACUGGGUAAAAAUUACUAGAGCUGGAGAAUUUGUAUUCCCUUUGGAUCACAAAAAACCCUAUGAAGUCCUUGUAUUGGGGAGAGUGCAAGGAGAUGUAAAGGAAGGCUUAAGGAAAUCUGAAGAUGUACUUCCAAUUCCAGAACAUAAGUUAAUUGUCAGCAUACCCUGCAGUCUGCAUUCACAUAAACCCCCUCUUACUGCGGUUCUGGCAGAGUUUAUCAAGCCAGAUGUGGAAUGCUUGGAGUUGUUUGCUCGCAACCUACAGCCUGGCUGGACCAGCUGGGGAAACGAGGUUUUGAAGUUUCAGCACGUGGAUUAUUUCACUCUUCUGCAGAAUGAAAACUGA